AUGCGUUCGUUUGUCAUAAUUGCGGUGGUGUCGCUAGCACUUAGCGGCACCCAGUGUCAGCCUCGUUCAGCAGCCGAACUUGCCACCGACAUCUAUCGUACCUGUUUGGCUAGUGAGCAUGGGCUUAAGUGUGCUAAAGCGAAGGCUCUCGCCUGGAUGGCAAAUGUGGCCGAACAGGACGAGAUCCCCAUCACAGAAUCCCUUACGAUUGUGCGCACCGGUACUGAGGAACCAGAGCGGCCUGCAGAUACGGAACAGCAGCGUAGUGCUGGUGUAGUUCGGCUGUUAAACAACAUCGAUAGCUUCCUUUCGACGCACGCCCUCAAGAUGACACCACCAGCCGUGCUGGCAUCGGAGGAGGCUCGCGCAUACAUCCCGAAAACGUUGCUCCAGGGUGGACUCGCUGACAAUCUGGUCGUACCGCUCACGGAAGGAAACGUUGCGGAAGGACGUGGUUUUGUGAAGAAAGUCAUGAUUCCCUUCUUGCUGGGCAUCAAGUUCAAGUCAACCGUGCUGGUCCCGUUGGCACUCGCACUCAUCGCACUCAAGACCUGGAAGGCCAUGACUCUUGGUCUGCUUUCGCUGGUACUGUCCGGUGCUAUGAUGAUCUUCAAGUUCGCCAAGCCAAAGAUCGUCAACUAUGAGGUUGUUCAUUAUCCGCCACCGCACCAUGUCCAUCACGUCGAUCAUCACAUCGAUCAUCAUGCACCGCACGUGCACUGGGAUGCUCCGCCAGCCUGGAAGAAACGAUCCAUGGAUGCUCACGAGCAGGCCUACGCCGCUCAACUGUAA